CACCAUGCGCGUUCAUUUUCAUAUUUUCAGCAUUUCGGAAGAGAUAUUCGAAUAUGUACUACAAAAUUUGUUCAUUUCCAAAUUAUGUUUAGAAAGCUUUGCUAGUGUUUUGAUAUUCCACUUUUGACAUUUAAGUUAUCUAUUACCUUAUUUAGAUUCAGUGGUGAAAGUUUUCCAUUAACUGAGAAGGAUGGAGGAGCUAAAGAAAAUUUUGACCAGCUUAUUAAUAUCUUCACCCUUAAAAUUGACGGUAGCACUUCUGGAUCGCGAUUAUGCGGAACAAAUGGGAGAAAGGAUACCAUAUCGAAGCCUCGGUUUUAACUCCUUAGAAAAUUGCCUUCAUUCGAUGCCCGAUGUUCUUAAGGUGACUGGGUAUGGGCCAAAUGCCAUAGUUGACGUAUAUGUUACCCAGAAAUCAGCGCAUAUUAAUGAUUUAGUAACCAGGCAAAGAGUAAAUCCUCCCAAACGACGAGCAAGAUUUGGAGUCCCCAAACGCGCCCGACCUUUAAGAAGUAACAACGCAUAUUCCUAUCAAAGCUCUAGGACACCGUCGCUAACCUUUCGACCCCCAACUUAUUAUCCAAGACAAAGAAAUGAACUUGAUACUUCAAACUCCUUCAAAUCUAAAAAUAUUCUUCCACCCAGUGCCAGCGCAUCGUCCACUUCCUCGGGCUCUCCACCUAAUAUUAAUGCAGAUAUACAAAUAUCUGAAAAAUCAUUCAGCUCUACUGGAGCAAUUCCAAAACUAAAAGUGAUAUCUCCUCCUCAAAGUAAUAAUGGAUCCUUCGUUAACAGAAAUCAUUACUGGAGUGAUUCAAGUGAUGACGAGUCCGAUAAAGAAAAUGUACGUUUUACUAAAUCAGUUACUAUCGACAAAGCACCUCGCAAAUCACCUGAACCAGAAAGUAUUAUUAAUAUCAAUGUUCCUAUGAAUGUACAAAUCAACUUAAAUAAACUGAUGUCCAAAUAUGAGGCAGGCAUUUGGUGCAGGAACUUACCUAGCGUGUACAAGGAAAUGUUUUCCAAGGAAUUGGAUUAUGCAGAAUAUGGAUAUAGAGCGUUAAUAUUCUUAUGUACGGAUUUACCCGACAUAUUCAUUUGCAUUCGACCCAAUAAAGGAGAUCAUAAACUCUUUUAUAAACCAAAAGGAUUACCUGAAGACUAUGAUAAGGACUUUAAAACACAACGUGUUUAUGAGGAGGAGGAUGAUGAUAAACCAUCUGAAUUUGAAUUUAAUUUGGAUCAUUUAUUAAGUAAAAAAUUCGCAUACCCAGAUGAUGUAAUACAGAUGUACGAAGAAAUACCUCGACUUCUUCUACCGGAUGACAUACAAGAGGGUGAUUUUGUAGAUGUCGUUGUGGGUGAAAUAUAUGAUCCGAGCAAAUUGUGGUUGCUAUUCCACGAAUACUAUGAUGCAUUAAAUAACCUUAUGGAUGAAAUACAAACUUUUUAUACCAGCAAUAAUUAUUACAUACCAGAACACAUGAUAGUUGUCGAUAUGUAUUGUGUUGCUGUUUAUAAUAGUGAGUACCACAGGGCGAUUGUUGUGAACACUUUGGCGAAUAAUCCAAGCAAAGUGAAGGUCUAUUACUUAGAUUAUGGAACUGUGGGAGCAGUUGAUUCCAAUUCGUUAAAGUUUCUACAUAGGAAAUUUUGCAAUUUGCCACAGCAAGCAGUUAGAGCCAGACUCUGUGGCAUUCGUCCACCUAUAGAGAAAUCUCAUUGGCCUCUUGAAACCUCAAAUCGUUUGCUUGAACUGGUGCGCAUGAAACCUUGUGUGGCUCACCUUUAUCACGUCGACUUUGAGAGACAAAUUCUGCACGUCUUCUUGGCGGACACAUCAGGUGAUGAAGACAUUUAUCUCAAUGACGCUUUGGUGAAGGAAGGGCAUGCAGUUUUUAGCAAUCAGGAGCAGCAAAAAAUCACGUUGGAACCUCGAUCAACGCCAUGGGUUAAAAAUGUACACCUGUAUCCGACAUUUGAAGAAAUCGAAAUGAGUGCCGUUCCAAAUGCUAGUGAAAUGUGUCGGUUACUGAAGACAGGAACACCCAUAGAAUUUAUUCAUCCUCAAUAUUAUGGCCAACGCAAGGCUGAUGAUAAAGUGCGUGAUGAGGAGUUAGUUAAACUGGUAACGGAUGAAGAUGACUUUAACCAAGAAGGUGACCUUAUAAGCUUUACUGAUUAUGAGGAUGGAUAUCCGGACACAACUUCUAGUGUUAAAUGUGAUAAAAAUUCUACAAGCAAAGAAAUUGUUUCUGGCUGUGAUGAAGCUGCUAACGGUAGAACAAUACUGCAACCAACUGUUUCUAAGAAAUUCUAUGAAGAAUCACUGACUACAAAAGGAGCAUAUGAACCUAAACUACUGAAUCCAAUUAAAAUGGACCAAAAAUUGUGUGAUAAUUUAACCUCAUUUAAUGGAAAAACAAAUACUAUAAGUGUCAGUGAUGAAUCAAAGUGUACAGAAAAAAUACAGACAACUCCAGCGAUAAGGCCACCUCCUGGUUUUGAGAGAUUAGUGCCAUCAUCCUCAUUUAAUAACUCGUCACAUUUUGGUGUAGAUCAUAGGAACAAUACCUACGUGAACGUCACACAAACCACUAAUCUGUCCUCCCAAAUGGCUAAUCUAAAUUUAAUCGGUUUAUCAUUGCAGCAGCUUUUGCCUCUCGCUUCACACAACAUGUCUCAACCUCCUUCACAUGUUCCACAACAUACGUUUAUGUUGCCUCAAUUACAGCCCCACCUUAUUCAUCAAGUACAGCAAUCGCCCUAUGUUUCGUAUCCAAACUAUAUACCACCACAACAUGCGCCACCACAGUUUGGAUACCCUUACGGGCAACCUACGAAUGUGCAGUUUUAUGGAAAUUCCCAAAAUCAUAUACCUCAAGUACAUUGCUUCGAGAGAGUAAACCCAGUAUACGCCAAUCCAGAGAGGAACAAAAUUAUUUCAGUGAUAUGGAAAAAACUACAUGGAAAGGUGGAGCUGCAACACAAACUUGUGCAAUUUUUGACUGAACGACAGCAUCUACCAUCGUAUCCACAAUUAAAAGUGCCUUAUGAUUAUCUUACUUCAGUUCUCUCCCGCAACCCGUUAUCGAUACUUACCGAUAAUCACAAUAAAAUUAUUUAUUACUUGGUGAGCAAUCUUAGUGACAUAGACAUUCUUGAACUAUUUAAAGUUAUUGAUUCGGAAGAGUGUCUAUCUCGUGGAUUCACGCAAAUAAAUUCCAACUCAUCGGUGAAGUCAGAAAAUUUAAAGAACAAAACAUCCUACUCGACAGUCCAACAAGAUAAUUUGGUGAAGAAAAGGCAUCUUAUAAUUAAAACAGACUUGAACCAGUUUCCAUUUCACAUCAUCUGGUACCGUCAAGAGCCGCAUGUAUGUGUUAAGGAACUAUUAGGAUUUUUGAAGCUGGACAUACCAAUUGAAGAUGUUAGAAAAGCAAUACUUAUGGCCGAUGAAGAACUCACAAUUAGCGUAUUGCCAUUAAACAGUAACAUGGAAAUAUACAACAGUCUAACAAGGUACAACAUAAAGGUGGAUAAGAACAUUAUAUUGCACAUCAUACCAGCUUCUUCUGUUGCGAAAAUAGCAGCUAUUCUCAAACCAAACGCUGGACAAGUUCAGUUUGAAGAGUUUUUAAAAAAAGUGGACGCUAAUAGUGACUUAUGGUUUAGUGUGUAAAUUAUAAAAGACGUACGCCAAAUUGUUAUGCCAGAAACGAGUUUUAGUUGAAUAUAGAAGUUCUUAACCUAUGGAUUGUAAAAAUGUUAUGUUAACUAUUUUUUAAUGUCUCAGUAUUGAUUAGGUUUUCAUUAUGAAAGAUAUUAAUUAUUUUUUAAUUAAACGUGAUUUAUUCAUAA